AUGAAUAAGUACACUGUUACUUACGGAUUAGUACCACCUCAGAGCACCAAUAUACAUGAGUCGCACAUUCUUCCUGUAACGAAGAUUGUUCAAUCUCGAAGCUACUCAAACUUGAUUCUAACAUGCGGAAGAGAUGGUACUGUUAUAAAGCACACCGAAAAGGGCGGGGUAUGGCAAAGGCUGAGAAUGCAGACCAGUAGUGAUUGGGUCAGCGACAUAGUAGAGUUGGACCAUGACCGCUUCAUAGUAGUGAGCCAUGAUUUCUUCGUUUGUCUCGUAACGCUGAACCCAGAGAACGAUACUUGGACCAGCCGGAUGAUAGGCUAUCAUGAUGAUUAUGUGAAGUGUGUCGCAGCUCUCGAUAAAUCAGGGUCGGAUGAUUGGACAUUUGCUACUUGUGGCCUCGACAUGAAGGUCAAGAUUUGGAGGUUGCUAGAAAACGGCUCAUCUACGUUGCUGCACACUGUUGACAAUAGCCAGCCCGAAGGAACUGGGUCUUUAUACGCAAUGAUCUCAAUACCUGUGGGGGAUCUACCGUUUGACUUAGUAGCUGGUGACAACAACGGAAACCUGAUACUUAUAUCCAGCGAAUCAGGCGGGAAAAACUGCCUAAUCUCUUCUGCGCAUGAUACCAACAUUAAACAACUUCAUUUGAUGAAUGACGGCUCUUAUAUUAUCAGCACAAGUGCUGAUGGUGUUAUAAAGCUCUGGGAUACUCGAAAAUUACACAUCAGCGGCGGUUCAGAAGCCCUAGUGCAUUCCUGGAAAUGGGAAUCCCCUGUAUGGUGCAUUCAAGGCACGGUCUUUAACCAGUUUACUGUGGGCGAUUCGCGUGGUGUUAUUACGAGAGUAAGCAUAUUGGAUGACGCAUGGGAUUCCCCGCAAUUGACGACUAUUGUCUCACCGCCACAAACCACUACCAAAGGUAUACUAGCGAUGCUCGACCGUGGUGACGAUAAACUCUGGUACUCUUACUCUGGAGAUUCAAAUUUGCAUACACUUGAUACAAAAACUGGCAUAGUGGAAACAUUGAAAGGCGGGUAUGCUUUGCUGAAAAGUUCCCUACUCACAAACAGACGACAAGUCAUAACUCAGAAUACUGAAAGCACUAUUCAAAAAUGGGACAUUGUAUCUUGCGAGCUGCUGGAAACAUUCGACGCUGCAAUGGGAAAUUUUGAUGACAUGGUCAGUAGUCACAACACAAAGGAGAUUUUGCCGCACUGGUGCUCAGUUUCCAUCAAAACUGGUAAACUAUUCGUCAAACUUUCGCCAAAAUUCUUGAGUACCGAGGUAUACGGAAGCGCCCUUGAGCAUUACAAUGUCGUAAACGAUAUCAAAAUAGAAAUUGAUGAGCGUUAUAACCUAGGAAGGAUCGCUUUGAAUUCUCUUCUUAAUGAAUUUAUAUCCUACAUCAUCGCAAAGGAUAAAAGUUUCAGAAAAGAGCUUGUAGCCAAGAAGAGCUCAGUACCAGGGUCUCCAUCUCAGGCUCCAACAGAUUCUUCGCAAAGCGAAACUAUCAGACCGUCCUUUAAAGACAAACGAAGGCUUUCCUUGUUCACGAAGUUGUCGACGAAUAACAAACAGUCGCCAACACUCACGUCACUUCCAAACACGCCUCUAAUGCUCGAAGGAUCUUCGAUACCCACAGAUGAUUCUUUCGCUUUGCCGCCUCCUGCAACGGCGCCACAGGAUUCUGACUCUGCCAAAUCUGCAAAGCCCGAGCUACCUAAAGCUCCCCUACUGGCAAAGAGGUCAGCAAGCACAGGAUCUCUUCUUGCCCAAAAGCUAAAAUUGCUCUCUACCAAUACGAGUAGCCAGGCGUCAAAUUCUAGUGAUGUAGGGAAUCAAACUUCAGAAAAUAAAACUGCGCCAGUAGAGAAUGUGCCUCAGACAUCUGGCGAGGAUUUGGAAGGUCUGAAGUGGAGUACUCUUAACAAUCAUCAAAACGACGAAAAGAAGCUAAUUGAAGGUAACUCCGAACAUGAUAAGGAUGCCAAAGUUGGAUCCGAUAGUUCAGAGCAGAAGCAAAAGUUCCUAUCUGACUUUCUCGUGAAGUUGCGGGACGAAUACAUUAAGGAAUUUGAUGCAACGACAUCUUUUAAAAUUUUGGGACGCAAACCGCCCAGCUCUAAAAUAACGAGAGAAGACAAAUCUCCUAUCAUCGAAAUCAAAGCCGGUGUUUUAUUACUAGUGAACUGUUGGAAAGAGGGGUCUUCUGGUGACACUGUUUGUUUUUCAACCUACUUACCUGCUCCACAAUAUGACGAUACAGGGCGUUCUGACAAAACUCGCGAUCAUCAGAUAUUCGACAGUCUGGAGAGCAACCUCCCAUAUUGGACUGCUCAGGCACUGUUUAAGGAUGAGAAAACUGCGAAAGAUUACCCCAAAUUGACCUUUGUUCUGAAACCGUGGCAGAAUCCUGACCUACAGCAUAAUCCAGAGCCCGCUCACACUUCCGAGGAGUCUCAAACACAUCACAAUCAUCAUCAUUUGUCUUUCCACCGUCAUAAGCACAAUGACCGCAAUAACGAGCGUAAACCUAAACCCCUACCAAUUGUGGCAGACGCCUAUACCAAAUUACACGCGCCUAGCAUGAUUAAAGUAAAGAAAAUUUUGAACUAUGUGGUGGAUCGGUUUGACACCAAAACUCCGGAGAUGAAGGCUCGGACCCCAAUUACCGAAUGGCUCGAAAUUAUGUGCAAAAAUCAGUUGCUUGAUAACGAGAUGGCGCUCAGCAGUGUCAAGACAUUAUACUGGAAGUCCCAAGGUGAUAUUAUACUGGAAUACCGUAGAAAAGCAAAUCGCACCGACUAG